GAGGACGUGACGAUGACGUGAAGCAUAAACACCACUUUACUUAUUACCAAGCAUUGCAAAGUAAAAGAAGACACGGGCAAUAACAUGAAGGGACAAAGACGAGAGCAAGGAGGAUGAAGGGUACUUCGUAAAAAUGGAAAAACUCACUUCAAACUCGAAAGACCAAAAGGACACAAAGAUGUAAACCUCAUUAAUUACGGUAGGGCUGAAACUUUUUGUCAAAAGGCAUCCAAUAAUAUUUUCCAAAUAGGAAAAUAUGGCAAAUGAAUGAAUUUGUGUCGAAUUCUACACGAGCCUUAAAAUCGGGGGCUUGGUUCGUACAUUAAACUGGGUUGGAUUUAGGGCUUGAGAAAAUUGAGAGGCAAUUUUUGCCGACAUUUGCAACUUUGCAAAAAAUGCCGUCGCCAUCUCAACGGAUUUUUUCGAGACGAUAAUGACGAAGGUGGAUCAAAAACAGAAGAAAAAAGUUCAGUUGAAUUUUCUCGUUGGAUGUGACAAGACGUGUUUCGCGUUGCUGCUCUGAAAAAAUAUCUCGUCAGGAAACCGAAAGUGCAAACUUAUCGAACAAAGUAGCGAAUUUGGAACAAUGGUCGAGGAAGUUGAAAUUCAAGGCGCUGUAGUUGCUCCGAGGAGAAACCCUCACCGAGCUGUGCGAGAUAAGCCGCGACUGACUGGUGAAGGGGGGGAGGGGGGCCCUGCUGCAUCUGGAACAUCCAAAAAGCGCCGAAGCAGUAAAAAGCGGGCAGAUGCUGGCAAGAAGAAGCGAGCUCCCAAGAAGUCCGCCGCAGGAAAAAAGAAAAAGCACCAACCACCAAAGAUCGCUGACGAUGCCGUUGGUCCAGAUGCUGCAAUUGACGAUGCAGGAGAUGUCGGAGAGCCUGGCGAUGCUGGAGCGGCGACUGGCAAGAAGAAGAGGUCGAGCUCCCAAGCUGGCAAAAGGAAGCAGAAGAAAUCUCCAGCUCAGAAAAAGAAGAAGCAUUCUCAAAGUCAGGCAGGAAAGAAGAAGCGAAGCCAUUCUCAAGCCGGCGCAGGGAAACGUCGCCGAAGCAAAAGUAGUGGAGCCGAAAAGAAGAAGCGAAGCCAAGCCGGCGCAGGAAAACAUCGCCGAAGCAAAAGUGGUGCCGAGAAGAAGAAGCGAACCCACACUCAAGCUCGGGUACAAAAGAAACGGACCCACACCGCUGCUCGCGCAACGGCUGGGCGUCGUGGUGCAAGUGCGGGGAAACGUCGCCGAAGCAAAAGUGGGGCUGAAAAGAAGAAACGGACCCACACCCAGGCACGAUUGCAAAAGAAGAAGAGCCACACAGCUUCUCGGUCCACUGCUGGACGUCGUGGAAGAAAUUCUGGCGCCCAAGCUGGGAAGAAACGGAAGCCUUCCAAGUCGAAAGCCCCCGCUGCCAAGAAACGUAAGCAUUCCGCUCCAAAAGCCACGGCUGCGAAGAAACGUAAGCGUUCGCCAUCGAAAUCUUCUGCUGGAAAAAAGCGACGCCACGCUACCGCGGCAGUGGUUGAAAAGAAACGUAAGCACGCCCCGAAAGUGCAAGCCGACAAGAAGAAGAAGCACGCUGCAGCUGGCAAGAAAUAGUGAGACACGCUUGGUCUUAGAUCUGAUUUCAUCCCAGAAUCCACUUAAAAUCAACGAGUCAACAAAAGUAAUAUCUAUAAAUCUCACUUUUCCGCGAAAUUGUGCAAUAAUUUGGCUCAUGUAUUACCAUAUAAUGUAAAAUUCCGUACGUAGCUCCAAAGAAAGAUGAAUUGGAUUAAAUGACAAAUAUUUUUAGCAACAUUAA